GUCCGCCUGCGGAAUUCCCUGCCACAGGAGCGGGCCAGUUCCCUCCCGGGCACCCCCAAAACCCUCUCUCCCUCCUGUUUUCCCCACAACAACAACCCUGUGAGGUGGGCUCGACAGAGAAUGAGGGGACUGAGCCAAAGACACCCAGCUCGCGAUAGUUGUGGGGUUGCUUGUGUGUUGUGAUUGUACCCUGGCUACUGACUAAGGAAGAUAAGACAAUCACAAUUGUUAAGGAAGCCACCCUCGAGCGAUAACCAUGGACUCCGCCGGUCACCCUUCGACGGGUGAAAUUAUCCUCCUGGCAACCAGUUCGGCCGUCACCGCCAUCCUCUAUGCCGUUUACAGGCACAAGUCAAAAGUUGCAGACAGUCUGAAGAGUGCUAAAAAAGUCACUCUGGAUCAGGAUUUAAAGAACCUGCUGAUUGAAGCCCCGGGAAAAUGCGUCCCCUAUGCAGUGAUAGAAGGUGUGGUGCGCUCCGUCAAGGAAAGCCUCAACAGCCAGUUUGUGGAGAGUUGCAAGGGGGUGGUCCAGAGGCUGACCCUUCAGGAGCACAAGAUGGUGUGGAACCGGACCACCCACUUCUGGAACAAUUAUGAAAAGAUCAUCCACCAGAGAACAAAUACAGUCCCUUUCGAUCUGGUGGCCCCGGGGAGCGAGGACCCCCCCGUGGCCGUGAGGGUCCUGAAGCCCCUCAGUGCUGCGGAACUGAGCCUGGAGACCGUCUACGAGAGAUUCCACCCCUCGGUGCAGUCCUUGACUGACGCCAUCGGCCACUACAUCAGCGGAGAGCGGCCCAAGGGCAUCAAGGAGACUGAAGAGAUGCUGACUGUCGGGGCAGCCCUCACUGGGGUCGGCGAGCUCGUCCUGGACAGCAGCACCAUCAAGCUGCAGCCCCCCAAGCAGGGCCUGCGCUACUGCCUGAGCAGCCUGGGGUUCAAGACGCUGCUUGAGCGGCAGGAGUCGAGCGUCCGGUUCUGGAAGGUCCUGACGACCCUCUGCGGGCUGGCCAGCUGCGCUCUCCUCAUCUUCGUCCUGCACAAACAGUACCGGCGUCAGCGGGAGAAGCGGCGGCUGCGUCAGAUGCUGGAGGGCAUCGCCGCCGGAGGGGACGCCACCAACACCUGCGUGGUCUGCCUGGGCAACAGCCGGGCCUGCGUUUUCCUCGAGUGCGGGCACGUGUGCUCCUGCCUCAAAUGUUACGAGGCCCUGCCCAGGCCCCCCCGCUGCCCCAUCUGCAGGCAGCUGAUCGCCAGGGUGGUGCCUUUGUACAACAGCUGAGGGGCGAUGCCUCCUCCCCCCUCAGGCUACUCUAGGAACUGGUUUGAACAUUGCUGCGUAAAAUGGGGAGCGGGUUUCGUGGGUGGGUGGGUGGGCUUAGCAGUAGCUCUUUGCGCAGAUCGACAGAGCCAAGCGAUGUUGCUCCCACACUUCAUCUGGAAUUGAACUGCCUGCUGUGGCUUUGGUAAAAAUGCCAAAACGAAGGUUCUUCUUCUCUCUUUGUGUGUGUGAAUAAAUCGCCUUUAGAUGUUGCUUCUUGGAGAACUCCCAGGAUCAUGUUUCUGGAGCCGUGUGGGGUUCACACACCUUUUUGAUUCAUUAGCGCUUUGUGUGUUUCGCCCUGAAUGUUAUUUUUUAGUCCCAUUUCCCUGCCUUCUCAGGUCCCAGAAUAAAACGAGGUUGCCUUGCCUUUGCUUCAGGGGCAACUUUGGCUAUUUUUGCCUCCAAAGGAUCUUAUAAAGAGAUGGAGGGGGGGAAAUGUAUUUAAGGAGGAGAGAAAACCAUGGCUGUGUUGGAAAUUACUGGAUAGCCGAGCAAAGCCUCCUUGGAGUUUCAAACCCGGAACCGAGCCUCCUUCAAACAGCCUACACACCCUAACUUGGAUAGCUCAAGCACGCAAUCACGCUCAGAGGGGUGUCCACGCAGAAUGGGUAUCCUGAGAGUCAGAAAAGAAGGAAAAUAAAAUUGAUUAAAUGCUGUGAA